AAUAUGUUUGGAUUAACUUUCCAUUGUAAGGCUUAAUAUGUACUACAGUAUAUAUAUAUUUUUAUUUGCUGUCUGAAAAUCUUUUUGUGUUUCGAUUGCUUUCUUUUUCAGGGAGUCCAUUGAGUUUGAACUAGAUGGACCAGUAUGAAAAAGUUGAGAAGAUUGGAGAAGGAACGUAUGGUGUAGUGUACAAGGCUCGUGAUCGAGUAACUAAUGAAACUAUUGCGCUGAAGAAAAUAAGGCUGGAGCAAGAAGAUGAGGGGGUACCAAGCACAGCUAUUAGAGAAAUCUCUCUCUUGAAAGAGAUGCAGCAUGCUAAUAUUGUGAGGUUGCAGGAUGUGGUGCACAGUGAAAAGAGAUUGUAUCUAGUCUUUGAAUAUCUUGACUUGGACUUGAAGAAACACAUGGAUUCGUGUCCUGAAUUCUCUAAGGAUCCACGACUGGUUAAAAUGUUUUUGUAUCAAAUACUUCGUGGUAUUGCUUAUUGUCAUUCUCAUAGAGUUCUUCAUCGAGAUUUGAAGCCUCAGAACUUGCUGAUAGAUCGACGUACAAAUGCUUUAAAGCUGGCGGACUUUGGAUUGGCUAGAGCAUUUGGUAUUCCUGUCAGAACUUUCACUCAUGAGGUGGUGACAUUGUGGUACAGGGCACCAGAAAUACUGCUUGGAUCACGCCAUUACUCUACUCCUGUUGAUGUGUGGUCAGUUGGAUGCAUAUUUGCUGAGAUGGUGAAUCAGCGCCCUCUGUUUCCUGGUGACUCCGAGAUUGAUGAACUUUUCAAGAUUUUCAGAGUGAUGGGUACUCCAAACGAGGAUACAUGGCCUGGAGUGACUUCUCUACCUGAUUUUAAAUCUGCCUUCCCAAAAUGGCCUCCUAAGGACCUGGCAACUAUCGUCCCAAAUGUUGAUGGAGCAGGCCUUGAUCUUCUCCGUAAAAUGCUCUGCUUGGAUCCCAGCAAGAGAAUCACCGCCAGGAAUGCCCUUGAGCAUGAGUAUUUCAAGGAUAUUGGGUAUGUUCCGUGAUUCUUUGUCCCUUCAUCCAGAAUGAUGUUGUAAAUUUAGUAUGUCAUCUACAAGGUUUUGUUCUGGAGAAUCUGUGUGAUCUUUAGGUUCUUUUUUGCCCUCAAGGUUUUCUUCCAAUGUGAUUCAAUUUAUAAUAGAGUGGUCUUGGCACAGCCUUCAUGGAUAUUUUAUGUUUCAGCAUCUGUGGUCACAAUUCAUGUCCACGUGUUGGAGCAUACUUUCCAGUGUAAUAUCCUCUUGGUUCUAGUUUGGGUUCAGUAUCCUUGUACAAUCGAUACUUGUUUAGAUACAGCACUGGAUACUGUAAUGUUAAAUAGAUUGGUUUUGGUGUGUCAUUGGGACUUCUGCAUAGUUUUGCCUGGAGUUAGACAAAGCAUGAGUUGAUUAUCGGAUUCGGUUAUGCCAGUGUCAUUCCUUGAUGAUGAUGUUCUGUUUUGAUGUUA